UAGAACCAAAACAUUAUACGGGAGGGGGGAUGGACACCACACAAGGUUAACAAUUCCACUUGAACAGCAUACAAAUGGGUCAGUCCACCCACGAUGUGUCAGUCUCCUAAACUUCGCUUGAACCUGCUACAGUAGGAAAGCAGCCCUCCUCUCUUCAGAAACGUGUAACCUGUAGACUAUACUGAUGGGAAGUAAAUCCGCGGUGAUUCACCCAGCUACACUGAUGCUGCUCUUUAUAACCUGGAGGGAAAGCAUACAUUGCAGUGGACUUACAGUGGAACCCCCCGAGGACCUUAUGAUAUUAGACCCUGGUCAUCUUGGACAUCUUGAGAUUACAUGGAGCCCCCCAGCCAGCUUGAUCAACAUGACAGAGUGCCCAAAACUGUACCAGCUGGAAUACUUCGACACAUACAAGAACAGUUGGACUGCCAUCAGGACACCUAGCAGGUCAUACAGUGCCCAGUUUGAUCUGAUGAAAGACAUUAGAGUGAGAGUGUACACUUUGCUGAGUGGACCAUGCACCAACGGCACUAUGAUCAAGAGUACGAGCUACACUGAACUGGUCCAGAAACCCCCCACCACAGGUGUUGUUGGUACCACAGUCAAGGAUUUCGUCUGUGUCUUCCAUAACAUGGAGAACAUGGAGUGCAACUGGGAAAGCAACCAAAAGAUGCCAGCCAACUCACAGCAAAGUCUAUAUUUCUGGCACAAAGAACUGGAACAAGCAGAGGAGUGCCCGAAAUAUAUGAUUUCACACAGUGUCAGGACCGGUUGCAACUUCACAGGGAAACCUCUCCCUGAUUUCACUGACAUCAACAUCUGCAUAAAUGGCUCCUCACCUCACGGACCCCUAAAACCAACAUUCAUCUCCCUGCAAAUCCAAAACCAUGUGAAGCCUGAAACCACAGAGAAACUACAUUUGCAAACACAUCCAGAUGGGCAGUUGGAAUUACAGUGGGAGCGACCUGUUGGGAAGGUUCCUGGGCACUGUCUAGAAUGGGAGGUGGAACGCAGUCAAGAGGGACCUGAUGGAAAGAUUGCAUUGCAGAAGAUUUUAACCGAGCAGACAAGCCUGACUCUGCCCCUCCUCAACAACUAUGAGAGAAACUGCCUCAGGGUUCGGUCCAAAUUGCACAAGUACUGUGUAGACAAAAGCUUUUGGAGUGAAUGGAGUCGUACAACCUGCCAUCCAGAAAUGAAAGAAGUCACACCUGAACCAGAAUGGGACAUGAUACCAGUUUAUGUAUAUAUUGCCAUCGCCAUCAUAGCCAUACUGAUGCUGACUCUGUGUAUGGUGGCAGUGCUCAAAGUGAUGAGAUCAAGACAAGAGAAGAAGCCGGACUCUCUGCUCACCAGCCUAUUUGCCAGAAAUUCAGUUCUUACAGUGGUGGAGGCCUAAAAAGACACGUUCAUCCGACGGAUAUUUUAAUGUUGCACUCCAUCUCUGUCAUUCUUCAGGGUCUCUAUAUUGAAAAUCACACUACGCAGCCCUCAAAGUGUUUGUAACCACUGCUAACACAUACUGAAGAUACUCCGUAUUAGACUGAAAGUUAUUUACAAACAAAUAUAAUAUUUACAAACAGUAUUAUACUAUUUCAACAUGCUAUACUGCGCUUGCCUUUUUUGUUUACAUUUUUAUGAAAAUGCUUACAUUUGUAUGAACUACUCUGUGAUGUCAUGUUAAGAGAAGAGUGGAGUAGAGGAGUAGAGUAGUAGAGGAGAAGAGUGUCAGUUAUAAUGGUUGCUUAUUUUAUGGCUACCACUUGCCAGCUGAGUUAGUCAGCAGAGAAUAUUUUGCAGAUGUUGUGUUGAGGAGCGAUUACUUAUCUUUUGGGAAUUUGUGUUUGAUGUUUUACUACUUAUUUGAUAGUUAAUCCAAUCAGUAAGGGUUUUUUUUGUGUGGUGGAGAAUUAAUUAUGUUUUAUGGGUUAUUUUAUUAGAUUUUUUUAUUUUCACUUUUUGCCUCAAUUCUUGCCAGAUAGUUAAAACAAGAAAUUAUAUGUUUUGUGUUUAAAUCCACCACACAGAGAUAAAACAUAUGAAAUGGUUUUGUACUAUGUCUUUACUUCACAAUUCAGUAAGUGAAGUCUUUAAUUGCCUGCAGAAUUUAAAUGAGAGGAUUUCUUUAAAUGGGUUAAUACAGAAGAAAUGAGUGUGUCAGGGGGUUUUAAUGCCACAGCUCCUUGCCUGUUCUAGUAAUUUUUUGUUUUUGUUUUGAAGGGUUUGAAUCAUAACAUGAAUGCAAAACAAUGUUUACGUAAUUGUUAAAUAAUAUUUGUUCAAAUGUGCCAAAAUGCCUCAUUUACAUCAACUGUUACACUAAAUGCGCCCUCCCUUCUUUUACAUUUUGGUACAUUUUGUUGUAUUAAAACGUAGAGUUGAAUGUUGUCUACACUUUAUAAUGAGCUCUAAGGUAUCAUUAUUAAUGUGACCUCACAUCCAGGUACCUAACUAUCUACUCUUAACAACUUAAAAAAAAAACAAAGAAAUAAAGAAAAUGCGAAAAAUGUAGCUUCCAUGUUCUCAUAUUGUGGGAAUAUUUUGAGCUCCUACUGUAUUUAAAUACACAACUAAUUUUUUGUCUGACACUUAAAUAUAGAGCACAGUGGAAGAAAACAAGUCUAUGGGAACAAUUGGGCAGUUUAAUAAAAACCAGUAGGCUAUUUUUGUAAGAUGGGUUCUGGGAAACAAAACUGUGGGAACCAGUAAGUGUUUUAUUGCGAACUGACCCCUGUUUAA